GAGUUACAGGCUGGGACGAAGCCUAGGACCUCCUCGGUGCAUCAUCACCACCACUACGCCAGCCAAGGGCCACCCAGCCCCCACCCCCUGCCUCUACCACCCAUCGCACACCCCCUGUGGCCAUCAAUCCUGCCGGGGGGGCAACUCAGCCACCUACAGCCCUCUGUCCACCAUGUGGUGGGCCCCGCCGUCACCCUCCCCACCCUGCAUACGGCUGCAAUGGAUGAGCCGCUCUCUCGGGCCACCCCAGGACUUCAGGUGCACGCCCUCCCCACUCACCAGGACUGUAGUCAAUGAGCUUAUCGUAUCGUCACUAACACCUUCAGCUGCUCAAGUACAAACAUACAUAAGUUAUACAGAGGCCUUCAUGUCCGGAGGAAGCCUCAAGGCACUGAACAAUCCUGGUUUUGACAGUGGAAAGGGGGGGGGAACAGGAAGAGGUGAGGAUCAUAUUGUCACGAAAACAGUAUCCUGACAGCAGCUGAACUGGACCAAGAAAUCGAAACCCAAAUAAAUCUUUUAUAAUACAGAUA